CAUAUACAAGCUAGGUAAGUAAUAGUUUGUUAUAGUUCCAGAUUUAAAGUUUCCGGUGUUUCCUAACCAAAACUAGCCCUUCGCAGGCGACAACGGUUUCAGUAAAUCUCUCAUCAAUUCUAUUACCCCACCUAUAGCUGUUGGAAAUCAAAACCCCCCAUCGUAUACCUUGGGGAGUAUGCUUCAAUCGAGAGUGUUGUGUGGGUUCCGAUGGCCGACGCGAGUGAUCAGGAUGGUACAACGGCCAGCAACGGCCAGACUUCUCAGCCACUUAAUAGUAGCCAAGCUUCUCACGACGGCUGGGACGGUAACCACCGAGUCAUUGAUGACGAAACCCAUGAUACCGAACGGGAACGCUUAGAACCUACCUAUCCCCUAUUGCAGAAUAAUGCUAGUAGCGAAACUUUGCUACAAAACGUCCAAACACAGAAGCGAACUACCGUCGAGGACGAUAACGAUGAGGAGCCCGUCGCUAGACCCUUUGUCCGAACAAACAGCCCAAACCUAUCCUCCAGGGUUGCUACUCCACCCGAAGAAGAACGUGCUCCGACCCGGUCGGCCUACAAGAUGCACAAGUUCACCUUGUACGAAACCGCGAGCCGCUAUUACAUUGUCGGAGGAGAUAUUACCGAGAAGCGCUAUCGCAUCUUGAAGAUCGCUCGCAAUACCCACGAGUCCGAGUUGAGCAUAACGGAUGAUAAAAUCAUUUAUAGCCAGAAGGAGAUGAACUCGCUGCUAAAUACUAUCGACGAUGGGAACAAGAGCACCGGUGGCAUCAGACAGAGGUGUACGACCUGGGGGAUUCUAGGCUUUAUUAAAUUCACAGGGCCGUACUACAUGCUCCUGAUCACGAAGAAAAGUACGGUAGCGAUGAUUGGCGGCCACUAUGUCUACCAGAUCGACGGAACCGAACUUAUCCCUUUAACUCCGCCCAAGUACAAGACGGAUUCUCGUCACGUCGAGGAGCAGCGCUUCUUGAAUAUUCUUAAAAAUCUAGAUCUCACAAGAUCCUUCUACUACAGUUACUCGUACGACAUCACGAGGACCCUGCAACACAACAUUACCCGGGAGAGAACUGCUUUGCUGAAUGGAAUGCCAGGUACGACGUACGACGAUUACAAUCCCAUGUUUAUCUGGAAUAGCCAUCUUCUGCGCCCUGUCCAGGAUGCUAUCCAUGACCCAUUCGAUUGGUGUCGGCCGAUAAUAUAUGGGUAUAUCGAUCAAGCUGCCAUAGCUAUAUACGGUCGGACGGCACACAUCACUAUAAUCGCCCGACGAUCGAGAUAUUUCGCAGGAGCCAGAUUCUUGAAGCGCGGCGCAAAUGAUCUAGGCUACGUAGCCAACGAUGUCGAGACGGAGCAAAUCGUCUCCGAAGCGUUGACAACUUCAUUCCAUUCUCCUGGCCCCAAGCUCUUUGCAAACCCCCAGUUUACUUCAUAUGUCCAGCACAGGGGAAGUAUCCCUCUCCACUGGACGCAGGAUAAUAUCGGUGUUGCCCCCAAACCCCCGAUCGAGUUGAAUCUCAUCGACCCCUUUUACACAGCGGCGGCACUGCAUUUCGACAACUUGUUCGAACGCUACGGCUCCCCGGUAUACGUGCUUAAUCUCAUCAAGGCCAGAGAAAGGACGCCGCGGGAAUCCAAGUUGCUACACGAGUACACAAACGCCAUCAACUACCUAAACCAGUUCUUGCCCGAGGGACACAAGAUCAUCUACAAAGCUUGGGAUAUGAGUAGGGCCGCGAAAAGCAAAGACCAGGAUGUCAUCGGUACGCUUGAGAACAUCGCCGAGACCGUCGUCACCACAACUGGCAUUUUCCAUAAUGGCGACGGCGAUAUCACUCCAACUAGUGUCCAGAACGGUGUCGCGAGGACGAAUUGUAUCGACUGCUUAGACCGUACCAAUGCUGCUCAAUUUGUCAUUGGAAAGCGGGCGCUUGGACACCAGCUUCACGCCCUGGGUAUGCUCGAAAAUAAUACCAUCGACUACGACACGGACGCGGUCAAUCUCUUCACGCAUAUGUAUCACGACCACGGCGAUACCAUCGCGGUCCAGUACGGUGGUUCCCAGUUGGUGAAUACGAUGGAGACGUACCGCAAGAUCAACCAGUGGACGAGCCAUUCUCGCGACAUGAUCGAGAGUUUCAAGCGCUAUUACAAUAACUCGUUCCUGGACAGCCAAAGGCAGGAGGCGUAUAACCUCUUCCUCGGGAACUACAUCUUCUCUCAGGGGCAACCUAUGCUGUGGGAUUUCUCUACGGAUUACUACCUUCACCACGCUAACCCGCGGACGUGGUCGCAGAAGGAAAAGCACGAUUAUAUCCAUUGGUACACGCCGGCGUACCUCGAGAAGCGGACUAUACCCCCUUACGUGCCGCCGAAGGGCGACAUGGCCACAAAGCCCGUCUCGUUCUUCGACGACUACUGGCUCGAGUAUUACCGCCCGUCGACAUUGUCUUCGUUCCCCAAGAUGUUCCCGUACAAGAUGAAUUCUACCCUCAAGUACAUACCGUUGAAAUCCACCCAAGAAGGCAAAUACGACCUGAGCCCCUUCCGCGUCCGCACCGAGGGCGACACGGAAACGCCCGAGAAGAAGAAAUCGACCGCGAAGAAAGAGGUGAUCAUCGUCGACCCCCAAGAGUCGAGAAUGUCCUCGCUGGAUGACGACUCCGAGUCCGCGAUGACGGAGAAGACUAGCUCCCGGGGCAUAUCGAUCCAGCGAUGGCUGCAGCCCUUGCAGCCGGACCGGGGCCCCACGAUCCCCCAGAGCAUAAUGAAGGACUCGGCCGAGAACCGCGACGGCUACAGGCUGAAGCAGACGGCGCAGGAGAAGACGAAGACGGCGCAGUGGACGUUCGCCAACAUCGUCCAUGAAUCGCUCAACCCGACCGUGAGCGCGCAGGAAGGGGACGACUACGCGCGGUACAUCAGCCACCCGCAGAGCCUGCCGCUGGUGAUAUCCAACGAGGCGCCGCCGGACGUCGACUCGUCCGAGUACCAGGACUACCUGAACGGGAGCUGGCAGACGGACGGGCUGAUGCUGAUGGCUUCGGCGGGGAUGGCGACGGGGAUAGGCGGUACGACGGCGGGAAUGAGCACCACCGAAGAAGGAGAAUACGACGACGUCGUCGACGCGUACAACGACCUGCUGCGGAUCGGCGAGAACCCGCUGACCGUCACGGACGAGGACCUGCCCAAGAAGCGCUACAAGGCCUACCGCAAGUGGCUCCGGGGAAAGUCCCUCUUCAAGCAGCAGCCGGUUGAUUAGGGCUCGGCGGCCGCGCGGAGGUCCGCGAGCAACGAGUUUUCCGAGUUCUCGGUGUCUUCCUGA